AUGAGAUCAUGGUCGCUAUGGGGCCAUAGGCGCGACACAAAACCUGAACCGAUUGAAUCCUUUUGGGAGUUGAGGGCUGAAGGCGCAGUGACCAGUAUCACCACCCGAUUUGGACAAUUUGGACCCAAAACCGGAAUGGACCCGCGAUAUUUGAUAGAUAGGCUUCGAGCGGACAUGACUUAUGACCCCCUGUUGUGUAACGUGGCCAGGAACAGAAAAUCAUCUCCGGAGACAUGUUUUGGCGGUGGCCACGCAAAGGCUAUGAGAUAUUCUUAG